CCACCGCGCAGGUGAGACGGACGCCUGAAGAAUUUUCACUGGAUUUUCACUGAAGAAUUUUCACUGGAGCACUGCUGGGCUUUACUAUGCAACUACAUCGUAAUAAAAUGCGCAAUACAGUAUCGGAAAACAGUAUUGUAGGUUAAUCGCACGGAUUGUUAUGCUUUACCAUGGCUUUGUCGGAACUCUAUACAAAGUACAACCGAGUGUGGAUACCCGACCCAGAACAUGUCUGGAAGUCAGCAGAGAUUCUCAGAGACUUCAGACCGGGCGAUGAAACGUUAGAAUUGCAGCUUGAGGAUGGCGCUGAGAUCCUGUACCCCCUGGACACAGCUAGUCCUCAGCUCCCACACCUACGGAACCCUGACAUCCUGGUUGGGGAGAACGACCUCACUGCUCUGAGCUAUCUCCACGAGCCAGCCGUACUGCACAACCUCAAAGUGCGCUUUGUGGAGUCUAAAAUCAUCUACACCUACUGUGGCAUCAUCCUUGUGGCAGUUAAUCCUUACAAACAGCUGCACAUCUAUGGAGAUGCGGUCAUCCAUGCCUACAGUGGACAGAACAUGGGGGAUAUGGACCCUCACAUCUUUGCUGUGGCCGAGGAGGCUUACAAGCAGAUGGCCAGGAACAACAAGAACCAGUCUAUCAUAGUAAGUGGUGAGUCUGGAGCAGGGAAGACUGUGUCGGCUAGAUUUGCCAUGAGGUACUUUGCCAUGGUCAGCAAAUCAGGGAGCAAAACACGUGUGGAAGACAAAGUUUUGGCCUCCAACCCAAUUACAGAGGCAAUAGGGAACGCCAAGACAACCAGGAAUGACAACAGCAGUCGCUUUGGGAAGUACACAGAGAUCAGCUUUGACAAGAGAUAUCAAAUCAUCGGGGCCAACAUGAGGACGUAUCUCCUUGAGAAAUCUAGAGUGGUCUUCCAGUCAGAGGGUGAGAGAAACUAUCACAUCUUCUACCAGAUAUGUGCCUGUGCCGACCAGCCAGAGUUCAAGAGCCUGAGACUUUUAAAAGCUGAGGAGUUCUGUUACACCAACAUGGGCGGGAAGACAAGUAUCGAAGGGGUGAACGACAAGACAGACAUGGAGGAGACACGCAGGACCUUUUCUCUGUUGGGGUUGACAGAGGACUUCCAGGCUGAUGUGUUCAAGGUGUUAGCUGGGAUUCUUCAUCUGGGGAAUGUAGACAUCCAAAGCGUUGGGUCAGACAGAUCAUCAGUUAGCUCCAGUGACCCCCAUCUGGCAGUCUUCUGCGAACUCCUCGGAGUCAGCCCCGAGGGUGUCACCCGUUGGCUGUGCCACCGCCGGAUCGUCAUGGUGGCAGAGACGGUGGUGAAGCCGGUGCCCAGGGAGCGUGCGGUGAACGCCAGGGAUGCCCUCGCCAAACAGAUCUAUGCGCACCUUUUCGACAGUGUCAUCCACAGGAUCAACGCAGCCCUGCAGGUCCCGGGGAAACAGCAUACCUUUAUAGGAGUACUGGACAUCUACGGUGUUUCGGGUUAUUUUUACCCUCUUCCCCUCAGCUUCGAAACGUUUGACAUUAACAGCUUUGAGCAGUUCUGCAUCAACUACGCCAAUGAGAAGCUCCAGCAACAGUUCAACCUGCAUGUGUUUAAGCUGGACCAGGAGGAGUAUAGAAAGGAGGACAUUCCCUGGACGCUGAUAGACUUCUAUGACAACCAACCUGUCAUUGACCUGAUUGAAGCUAAGAUGGGCAUCCUGGACCUGCUGGAUGAGGAAUGCGUGUUCCCCCAGGGUGCAGAUCAAAACUGGCUUCAGAAGCUGUAUAACUAUCUGGCCGACAACCCUCUGUUUGAGAAGCCCAGGAUGUCCAACGAAGCUUUUAUCAUACAGCACUUUGCCGACAAGGUAGAAUAUCAAUGUUGGGGCUUCCUAGAGAAGAACAGAGACACACUAUAUGAAGAGCUGGUGGACACUAUGAGGACCAGUAAGUUUCCUCUCCUGGCGAACUUCUUUCUGGAGGAGGAGCCAGGGGGAUUGGGCAGCAAAGGUAUCAAAGUGAGGUCAGCGCGACCCGUGGUGAAAACAGCCAAUAAGCAACUCAGGACAACUGUGGGAACUAAGUUCCGCAGUUCCCUGUACCUGUUGAUGGAGACUCUGAAUGCCACCACGCCUCACUAUGUACGCUGCAUCAAGCCCAACGAUGAAAAGAUGCCAUUCGAAUAUGACUCCAGGAGAGUUGUUCAGCAGCUGAGGGCCUGUGGAGUCCUGGAGACUAUUCACAUCAGUGCUCAGAGUUACCCCUCCAGGUGGACGUACAUAGAGUUCUACAGCCGCUACAGUAUCCUGAUGAGCCAACAGGAGCUAGGCCUCAACAACAAGAAACAGACCUGUAAGACAGUGCUACAGAGGCUGAUCCAGGACUCCAACAUGUACAAGUUUGGCCGGACCAAGAUUUUUUUCAGAGCAGGUCAGGUGGCGUACCUGGAGAAGCUGCGAUUGGAUCGCCUCAGGGGUGCGUGCGUGACCAUCCAGAAGCACGUCCGGGGGUGGAGACAGAGAACCAGGUUCCUCUGCAUGAGGGGCGCGGCCAUCGUCCUCCAACAGUACGUCCGCGGGCAGAGGCAGAUACGUAAAACGGUGACAGCUGCUGCUUUGAAGCAGGGUUGGGCCGCUGUGGUCAUCCAGAGGUACUGGAGAGGCUACCUGACCCGACAGAUUUAUACCAUGCUGCGCAACUCUACCAUCACGGUCCAAGCCUUCACUAGAGGCUGGCUUGCACGCAAACGCUACAGAAAGAUGGUGGAGGUGCAGAAAGCCCUGGUGUUGCAGAAGUAUGCCCGGGCUUGGUUGGCCCGGAGACGCUUCCAGACUCUGCGUCGCCUGGUGCACAAUGUUCAGCUGUCCUACAGAUGUCAGCAACUCAGGAAGAAACUGGAGGAUCAGGGCAAAGAGAACUGUGGGCUGUUGGAGAGGCUGACCAGUUUGUCCGGCGCUCAUGCCCAAAUUAUAGACAAACUCCAUGGCCUUGAGGCACAGCUGGAGAAAUCAGCCAAGGAGAAGGCCACGCUUGAGGAGCAAGUGCAGAAGGGCAAGGAGGAUGCAGCUAAAACAAUAGGCCAACUUCAAGAAGACAAGGACGGGUUGGUGGUGGAAAACCAGAACUUGGAAAAGAAGCUUGCCAAAUUAGAAACAGAAAUGAAAGACAGCUUGGAUCAAAUCAAAACAACUCUCAAAGAAGAUCUGGAGCGAGAAGAAAGAUUAAAAAAGAUUGCAGAAAACAACCUUGAGCUGCAGAAGGAGGACCAUGAGAAGGAGGUGGAGGUGGUCAGGGAGGAGAACCGCAGGCUGAAGGAAGAGAGGGUGCGGCUACAGAGACAGUUAGAGGAAGAGGCAAAGGCCAAUGGGGACCUACAGGACCAGGUCAUACAGCUCAGCAAGCACAUCAAGGUGAUACCUGACUUGCGUAAAGAUCUUCACAUCCUCCACACCCAGAGAGUUGAUCUGGAGCGGAGAAUGAAGGAGCAGUCAGAACAAGUCAGAGCCAAGAUAAGUGAGAUAACAAGAAAACUUCUUGGUGGCGUGGUUGAAGAGGAAGUCAUUGCCAAGUUGACAGCUGAUGGUCCGGACCAGGUCUAUGAAGUAGGGGAUCUGUUGACUGUCUUUGAUGGGCUGCAGAAAACCACCAGGGUACUGGAGACCCACCAGAGAGAGCAGAAGGAGGGUCACGACAGCCAGGUGAAGGGCCUGACGUUCAAGAUGGAGCACCUCCAGAAUGAAAACAACCAGCUGCUGAAACUGUUCCGUGAGAAGACGUCUGUCAAUGACAGCAUUUCCCAGGAGGUGGCGAGGCUCAAUCAGGACAAUAAAGUCAUACCGGAGCUGAGACAGCAGGUGUCGGAGCUACAACGACAUGAACGGGAACUGGAAGUCCUGCUGGAGGAGCAGGCCAGAGAGAUGACUGAAGAAAUGGAUGAGAUUUCAAAUGAUCUCCAGAGAAGGCUGGAAGAGGAAUGCUCCCAGCGAAGGCUGUUUGAGCAGCAGGCUAAGGAGGUGCAGCGGGUAAAGGAGGAGUUGGAGAGGAAGGUGGAAGAGCUGGUGGAGGAGAAGGAGGUGCUCAGGAGACAGAACCACACAGAGAGCGAAGCCAAGACCAGAUUCAGUCAGGAGGCGGCACGGCUCACUGCAGAAAACAUGGACUUUGAAGAACAGUUAGAUAUGAAGGACAGGUUGAUAAGGAAACUUCAAAGUCAAGUCAAGAGUCUUCAUACCUCAGAAAAUGCCAGUAAAACACCUGUGGCCACUUUGCCCAAAGAAUACCUUGGAAUGUUGGAGUACAAGAGGGAAGAUGAACCCAAGCUCAUUCAAUACCUCAUUCUGGAUCUGAAACCCAGAGGUGUGGUGGUGAAUAUGAUCCCCGGCAUGGCCGCCCAGCUGCUCUUCAUGUGUGUCCGCCACGCCGACUACCUCAACGACGGAGCCAAGCUCAAGUCGCUCAUGAACGCCGUCAUCCGUGGAAUUAAAGGAGUGAUCACGGAUCACCAGGAGGACUUUGAGCUGCUGUCGUUCUGGCUGUCCAACACAUACCAAAUGCUCAACUGUCUGAAGCAGUACAGUGGAGAGGAGGAGUUCAUGAAGCAGAGCUCACCAAGUCAGUGUAAGAACUGCCUGCAUAACUUUGACCUGUCUGAACACAGGCAGAUCUUCAGUGACCUGGCCAUCAAUAUCUAUCACCAGUUCAUAUCUGUGAUGGAGAAGGCUCUUACACCAAUGAUCGUUCCUGGUAUGCUGGAACACGAAAGCAUCCAGGGGAUAUCCAGUAUGAAGCCCACCGGGUUCCGGAAACGUUCCAACAGUGUCUACGAGGACCAGGAGGUCUACACCAUCUCCUCCAUCCUGCAACAGCUCAGCCUGUUCCAUCAGGCUAUGAGUCAACAUGGCAUGGAUGGGGGCCUGGUCCGACAGGCUGUGAGACAGAUCUUCUUCCUUGUGGGCGCGGCCACAUUCAACAACAUCCUGCUGCGUAAAGACAUGUGCUCCUGCAGGAAGGGCAUGCAGAUCAGGUGUAACAUCAGCUACCUGGAGGAGUGGUUAAAGGAGAAGGACCUGCUUCAGGGCUGCGGUGCCAUGGACUCCCUGAAGCCUCUGUCUCAGGCCGCUUGGCUUCUGCAGGUCAACAAGACCACCGAGGACGACGCCAAGGAGAUCAUAGAGCAGUGCUCUGAACUCAACCCCGUUCAGAUUGUCAAGAUUCUGAAUUCCUACACACCCAUUGAUGAUUUCGAGAAAAGGGUCGCUCCAUCAUUUGUUCGCAAAGUCCAGGGGUUGCUCCAGGAUCGCGAGGGGGCAUCCUCCCACCUGAUGCUGGAUAUCCAGUAUCGUUUCCAGGUCACGUUCCCCUUCAUCCCUUCCUCGCAGGCCCUGGAGCACCUUCAAGUACCAUCCAGCCUCAGACUGAGCUUCCUCACAAGGAUCUAACAUUUGACCAAUGACCUCUAAACUCUGACCCUUCACCUCAUCCCCCCAGUCUCUGAAGCUCCUGCUACCACCACCCAGCCUCAGACUUGAGGUUUCCUCACCAGGAUGAAAUUACCUUUCACUUCUGACCUUUCACCUCGGGGAAGUAACAUUGAGGUUAUAGAAGUGGACUUAAAGGUUGCUGGUUUGAAUCUCAGGGAGGACAUCACAGACGGACUGCAUCAGGGGCGUUGCUCUGCAUCUGACCUUGUGCUGCUUUCAGCCCUGUUUCCCCUUUACAGGAACCAUGGCUCCAAAUAGUCUUUUAAAAUUAUACAUUUUGUAAUACAUUUAGAUGGCAAUGUUGAGAUGAUGCCUGAAUAAUUUGUAAUGUAAAAGACAAAUUCUGUUUUGCCAAGAACAGGUUUAAGUUAAUCAGCAAAUCUUGUACUGUUUUUUAACAAUUUGUGAGAUCAUGUUUUGUGUGUUCGGUGUGUCCACCAAAUGUUUUUGACCACCAUGCACACAGGAAAUAAAAUACACCUGCUCUUCUUUUUUAAGGAUUUGUUUUAAUCAUGCCACAUGAAAGUAUUUUUUUCUUACAUUUUGUCUAUUCAAAAUGUAAGAUAUACAAAAUAUAUAACAACAUAUCUAGAAUGAAUUACAUUUGAAUAAAUUGUUUUAUCAUG